AUGGCAACACUUAAACCAUGCGACUGCUUUUUGAUUGCUUUGUUUUUUUGCGCAGUCCAGUGCACCACCACCAGGUAUUUCACCUAUGAGGAAGAUGCGCCGGGGACAGAAAUAGGAAACCUGUCCAGAGAUUUGAAGAUCGACCCAGCUGAUGGUCAUGACACCUCUUUCCGCUUCAUGCAAGCGAACAACUCGUCUGUGGUGCACAUGAGGGAGGCCGACGGGCUGCUGAGUGUUACGGAGCUCAUCGACCGGGAGCUCCUUUGUCCAAACGGCGUCCCGCGGUGCUUUCUCACCUUUGAUGUGGUGGCUCUCUCCAGGGACAAGUACCAGCUCAUCCAUGUGGAGAUCGAAGUGCGGGACAUCAAUGAUCACGCACCCGUGUUCGCACGGAACGAAACCUACUUGGAGAUUGUAGAAAACGAGCCCCUAGACACCCGCUUCCCGCUGCCCCUCGCCGUGGACCAGGAUGUGGGUGACAACUACAUCCAGAGCUACAACAUCUCCCCCAGCAGCCACUUCACCGUAGAGGUGCAUCAGAGGGAGGACGGGGUUAAGAUCGCAGGGCUGGUUCUGGUGAGAGAGCUGGACCGGGAGAUGGAAGACUCCUAUGUGGUGGAGGUGACCGCCACCGAUGGAGGCGUGCCCGCUAAGUCCGGAUCCAUGACGGUUCACAUCAAGGUGCUUGACUUCAACGACAACGGGCCUACCUUUGAGCACGGCUCCCUGAAGGUGGAGCUCAACGAGGACUCCCCGGUGGGUCACCGGGUGAUCAGAGUGCACGCCUUCGAUCCGGAUGAGGGCAUCAACGGCGAGGUGAUGUACGCUUUUGACGCCAUCUCACUAGAGGCGGCACGCGUCUUUCACAUCGACCCCCACACGGGGGACGUGACCCUGAGAGCCCAGGUGGACUUUGAAAGGAAGCGGUCCUACGAGCUCCUCGUCAAAGCGUCAGAUUUAAGCGCCAAGCCCGCCUCGUCCAGCUGCAAGAUCUCCAUGGAGGUGCUCGACGUGAACGACAACGCGCCUGAAAUCAGCAUUAAGCCCAUGACCACCAGCGCGGACGCCGUGGCCUACAUCACUGAAGCGGCCGCAGCAGAGAGCUUCGUGGCUCUCAUCAGCACCACAGACAAGGACUCUGGCUCCAAUGGGUAUGUGCGCGUUAACCUGCUCGGCCAUGAGCAUUUCACCCUGCAGCAAGCCUACGGGGAGACCUUCAUGAUAGUCACCACGUCCACUUUGGAUAGGGAGAGAAUCCCUGAGUACAACCUGACUGUCGUCGCAGAAGAUUUGGGCAGCCCUCCUUUUAAAACCGUGAGACAGUACACCAUCAGGGUGACCGAUGAGAACGACAACACCCCUCUGUUCAGUAAGUCCGUGUACGAAGUGUCCGUCAUAGAGAACAACAUCCCUGGGUCUUACGUCACCACCGUCGUGGCUCGUGAUCCAGACGUGGGCAAGAACGGCAAAGUCUCCUACAAGCUUUUAGACUCUGAGGUGCCAGGAGGGUCACCGGUGUCCACCUACGUCUCAGUGGACCCCCAAACCGGCUCUUUGUACACCGUCAGGUCUUUUGACUAUGAGAGGAUUCAGGAAGUGGAGCUGGUCAUCCAAGCUGAAGACAAAGGCGUCCCCUCGCUGUCCAGCACCUCAACAAUCAAGAUCCGAGUCGUAGACCAGAACGACAACUACCCCUACUUCACCUUCCCAGUCCUCUUUAAUGACUCUGCCGACAUCCCGUUGCCUUUGAACGCCCCUUCGUUCUAUCUGGCCUUGCGUCUCUCUGCUGAAGACAUGGACGAGGGUGUGAACAGCAAACUGUCAUACCACAUGCUUCAAGGCGACGACACGCUUUUUACCGUCAACAAAGACACAGGAGAGAUCGCCCUCAAGCAGUGGUUGACGUCCCAAAUCGGGGACACCCUGGAGCUGGUCGUGGCCGUGAGUGACCACGGACGCUCACCCCUCUCCAGCAGCGCCACCGUGCGCUUCGUGGUCACCGACACAGAGCCCUCCCAGGACCAGGCGGUGGUGGUGUUGCGUUCAGGGGGUGACAAAGAAGGCCUCGUGACAAGGUUGGACGGGUCACUGGUUGUCAUCAUCCUGCUCAGCGGGGGGUGCGCUCUGCUGCUGGUCGCCAUUGUUGCUGUUGUCAUCACAUGCCGAGUGGGGCGAAGCAGCGGAGGGGUCUCCAAAAGGGAGGCACGGCACAGUUUGUUUGAGGGCAGGCCGCCCUUGGGCUCGGCGCAUGGCAACAUUUACACCGGCCAGGGAGGCUUCUUCCUGGAGAGGACGUCCUCUAGUUUGGAGGACCCCUGCUUGUAUGAAGAAAGGAGCAACGACUCUGAAUCAAAGAUGUUCCUGCCCUCAAAGCACUUCCAAACAUCUGCAUGGCACGGCGACAAAUACUGCUUGCAAGUGGGCGGCAUCGGCCCCACGGACCAACUGAGCGUGAAGGACAGCGGCAAGGGCGACAGCGACUUCAAUGACUCUGACUCUGACAUCAGCGGCGAGGGAGGAAAAAGGAGCUUCAGCACCUUUCACCCAAGACAAAAAAGUUCAUCCAGCACUACUCACAGCUUAGCGGGGGAUUGUCAAGGCACCUACUGUGCGAUACCGCCCCAGUGCUUCCGGACCCCCGGAGACUUGGCGUACACAAUUGGCUUCUCCCCGGCGACACUUUUCAACGAUCUGCACGGCUAUGCCCACUCUUGGAAGGACUCCUCCUACACUAUCAAUCCUCAGAAAUCACAGAGCGCCGUACAUACCUUCUGCGGUAGAACCCUCCCGCCUUACCUCCCCCAGUCUCGCAGUGGGACUCCAGUCCAGAAGCAGAGUCCAAAUAUUGUCACGGUAGCCACAGGGUCAGAGGUUGCUACCAUGUUUUAAAGCGCAACCUCAUGUAAAGUGUACAUUUUUGUAAAAAAGUGUUGUAUAUAUUUGUAUUUACACCCGUCUGCUAUAUUUUACUUUGACUUAUUUCCCCUAAUAA